AUGACUUACAAACUUGUGUUUGUAGGAGCAACAAGUGGUAAAGAAGAGAAAGUAGCAGAAAUGUUACUCCAGCAAGGCAUUGACCGCAGUCAACUCAGGGUGCGUUGUUUUAAUGAAAGCAGGGAGAAGCUAGCUGAAUUAUUUUGUGAAGUAGAUCUUGCUGUAAUGCCAUCACGAACUGAGGGCUUUGGUCUAGCUGCCCUUGAGGCUUUGUCUGCUGGUCUACCUGUGCUGGUCAGUGGGAACUCUGGAUUUGGAGAAGCUUUGAGGAAAGUUCCGCAUGGUUCAAGCUGUGUGGUAGAGUCAGAAGAUCCUAAAGAUUGGGCAAAUGCGAUCAAAGCUGUCCGUCAGAAAGGCAGGGAGAUGCGUCUUGGAGAGUCUGAAGUGGUACAUGGAGCAUAUUCAAAAAAGUACAGCUGGAAGAAACAGUGCGAUGAACUAACAGAAAGGAUG